AUGUCGAGAUUUUGGGAGUUCCAGCAACUCCAAGACUCAUGGAAAGGAGCAUCCCACUUCGACCAAGUCCCUCGCGCAGGAAAGCUCUACAUCGGCGGCGUAGCUGCCUUCUACAAAGAACCAGAUCCACUCGAGCAGGCAGGAAUUACACACAUCCUCUCAGUCCUGGACUUCUCCAUCAACGAUGCACCUCAACUGAAGAGAUGCAAAUGUCUCAACAUCCAGGUUGAUGACGAUCCUGAUGAGGACCUUCUUAAGCACUUUCCGAAGACGAACGCAUUUCUUGAUGAUGCUCUGCGGGAAGGUGGCGGAGUGUUUGUUCAUUGUGCCAUGGGAGUGAGCAGGAGUGCUACGGUCAUUUGUGCGUAUCUGAUUUGGAAGUUUGGACUUUCUCCUAUGGAGGCGUUGGAGAAGGUCCGGGAGAAGAGGAAGAGAGCGAAUCCGAAUCCUGGUUUCAUGAGGCAGUUGAAGGUGUGGGAGAGGAUGUGUAGGGAGAAGCAGGGGUGGGAUGGGGACGUGUAUCGAGAGUGGAAGGAGGGUGGCGGAAAGGCAAAGAUGUGA